AUGCCAGGAGCUCCUCCUCGAAGCCCAGGCCACCGGUCCUCUUGUGGCGCCGGGGUGGGGCGCGUGCCUGCUGAUGAUAUCAUGUCCGCUCUCCUCACGUGCCUCCCCGACCCUCCAUUCUCCGCCGCCCGCGGCCGCGGGACCCUCUUCUGCGGCGCCGCCGGCGUGGAGGACCGCAUCAGCCACCUACCCAAGGCACUGCUCUCCGACAUCAUCUCCCGCCUCCCGGCCAAGGAUGCCGCCCGCACCACCACGCUCUCCACGCGCUGGCGCCGCCUCUGGGCCUCCACGCCGCUCGUCCUCGACGACGCCGACCUCGUCGUCUUCCCCCAGCGCGGGGGCCCGCCGAGAAUCGACUGGGCAGCCGUCUUCGCCGCCGUCGACCGCAUCCUCACCUCCCACCCGGGCCCCUUCCGCUGCGUCCACCUCACCGUCUGCUACAUGGCCCCGCACGGGGGCGCGCUCGCCCGCUGGCUCCGCCUCCUCGCCGCCAAGCGCGUGGAGGACCUCGUCUUCGUCAGCAGGCCGUUCCCCGUCCACGUGCGCCUCCCCGCCGACGUCCUACGCAUCUCCUCCCUCCGCCGCCUCUACCUCGGGUUCUGGCAUCUACCAGAUCUCUUGCCCGGCCUUCCCCGCGGCCCCGAGGUCUUCCCGCACCUCCAGGAGAUCGGCCUCUGCCACAACGCCACCCGCAGCGCACUGAGCGCCGAGGUGAUCGAGCACUUGCUCCAGUGUAGCCCCGUGCUCGAGAAGCUCGCGAUUAUCCUCAACUACGACGGUCCCACUCACUUCAGCGUCCGCAGCCGCAGCCUCCGCUGCCUGGUCUUGUGGAUGUCGUUGGCGCGGGAGCUCGCCAUCGUGGCAACCCCGCGUCUGGAGCGUCUUAUCCUCUGGCAGACCAUCCCGGGUUACCCCUGCGACUUCUUCGUCACCAAGCUCAAGAUUCGCAACGCUCCCGACCUGCGCGUCCUGGGCUACUUGGACCCAAGCAUCCACGUGCUCGAGAUUGGCAACACCGUCAUCCAGGCUGGAACAAGGAUGAGCCCAGCUAACAUGGUUCCAAGUGUCAAAAUCUUGGCUGUCAAAGUGCGAUUUGGAAUCCGCAAGGAGGCCAAGAUGAUCCCCACCUUCCUGAGAUGCUUUCCCGGUGUUGAGACAUUGCACGUCAUGUCCGAUGAAGCUGAUGAGCCCUCUGGCAAGUGCAAUCUCAAGUUCUGGCAGGAGGUAGCCCCCAUCGAUUGCCUGGAAGCACGUGUGAAGAAGGUGGUGUUCAGCCAGUUCCGGGGGAAGCGCAUGGAGCUUGCGUUCCUCAGAUUCGUCCUUGAGAGAGCUCAGAUACUGGAGAAGCUGGUUGUCGUGCUGGCCAACGGAGACACUGCCACGGAGGACGAUGAGACGUGCACCAAGCUGAAAGCUUUGGCCACAUCAAAACGGGCCAGCGAGAGCCCUCCUACGGUGGUGAUCGUUGCGCGCGAGGGAGACAGUGCUUGGUGCUUCCACAGGGCAUCUGAUCUUUCAGCAAGUGACCCCUUUGAUGGUUGAACAGCCCAGUUUCAUGUUUCAGCAUCCACAUUAGUACCAUGACAGUCGGCUCUUUCAAAAACUUUGGCAUAUGCCUUGCAUAGACAGAGUUCUGGCUGAUACAGUUAAGAUUUUCCACGAACUGACUGAACCUAGUGCCACCAUAUAGAAGAUAGACUCUGCACUUGAUGUGAUUUAUAGUCUUAAUUUAUGCACGUUUUCGUUUUCUUAUUAGGGAGACGUUGUUGCCACA